UGGGGGGAAAGAAAGGGAGGAGGAGCUGGAAGGCGAACACUGGAGUGAUCAACUCUGCGAGUAUAAAAAGGCAGCACCACAAUAUGUAAUUUUGAAUACAAGGGAGACCUGUCUCUGUGGAUGUGAAUCAUGUUUUUCCUCUGACAUGGCAUCUAUUCCUGCCAAAAGAACACAAACUCUUGAUGCUGGAUGGACAGGUGAACACAAACUUCUGACAGCCAAAGGAAGAAAGUGCAGACUUGAAGACAUACAGGAGCUCAAAUUCUUGGUUCUGGCACUUCCUGUCAAAAAUGCAUUUGCAAGACUGUUUUACAACCAGCCUGCCUGACUGAAAAGAGCAUUUAAGGAAAGAGCUUCUUUGUGAGCCAAGAUGAACAACUCUGACCAACCCAACAGUCUAGACAUUAACCUGACAGUGCUUGCAAGCAACCUAACGCUGCCUACCAUCAAGACUAAACUGUCAACCUGUGAACAAGUGGUCAUUGCUGUUGAAGUCUUUCUUAUACUUGGCAUUGUAAGCCUUCUUGAAAACAUCCUGGUCAUCUGUGCCAUAAUUAAGAACAAGAACUUGCAUUCACCUAUGUAUUUCUUUGUGUGCAGCUUAGCCGUGGCUGAUAUGCUGGUCAGUGUGUCAAAUGCCUGGGAGACCAUCACUAUAUAUUUGCUAAACAAUAGACACCUCAUUAUUGAAGAUGUUUUUGUACGUCACAUAGACAAUGUUUUUGACUCAAUGAUAUGUAUCUCUGUUGUGGCUUCCAUGUGCAGUUUGCUAGCUAUAGCAGUGGACAGGUACAUCACUAUCUUUUAUGCCCUCCGUUAUCACAAUAUCAUGACUGUGAAAAGAUCAGGACUCAUAAUUGCAUGCAUCUGGACUUUUUGCAUAGGCUGUGGUAUCAUCUUCAUCCUCUAUUAUGAAUCAAAGUAUGUCAUCAUGUGUCUCAUCACAAUGUUCUUCACUAUGUUGUUUCUCAUGGUAUCUCUGUACAUACACAUGUUCCUUUUGGCUCGUACACAUGUCAAGAGGAUAGCAGCUCUGCCGGGAUAUAAUUCUGUUCAUCAGAGGACCAGUAUGAAAGGUGCCAUAACUCUGACUAUGCUACUUGGCAUCUUCAUAGUUUGCUGGGCUCCAUUUUUCCUCCAUCUUAUCCUCAUGAUCUCUUGCCCACAAAAUCUUUACUGUGUUUGCUUCAUGUCUCACUUCAACAUGUAUCUCAUCCUCAUCAUGUGCAAUUCAAUUAUUGAUCCCUUGAUCUAUGCCUUCCGAAGCCAAGAGAUGAGAAAGACUUUUAAGGAGAUCAUCUGCUGCUAUAGUAUAAGCCUGGUCUGUGGACUGCCCAGCAAAUAUUAGGAAACGCACAUUCAAGGAGUUUUAAACAUGGUUGGGUUGCAGCUCCCCUCAUUCUUUUACCAUUGCCUAGGCUGGCUAGGGCUGAUGGAAAUUGGAAAUCAGACAACAUUUGGACCGCUACACAUUGCCCAUCACUGCUCUAAAAACAAGACUGAAUGUACUACCAAAGGUGUGGGUGUGAGUAGGAGAAAAAAGUAGUUAUAUCAUUUCAGUUUAUUUGUUUGUUUUUAUAACUAGUAAUUGUGAAUAUAUUUGGUAAAUUAUCUUUGUGCUUCAUGAAGUAUAGAUACAAAUACAAACCAGUAUUUCAGAUUUUUCUGACUGAUCUUUAGCUAUGACCACUUAAUUGACAAGUGCGGAGUUUACUUUGCUGUCUGUUGCACUUUUAUGCGUGACUGUAAUUAAUAUUAUGUGAUAAAUGUAAUUUGCAAAUGUUAAAUUUCCUAUGUCUCAGUGAGGAUGUCUUCAGAAUGUCCUUAUGUACAUGUACAUAUCAGUAAAGGACAAAAUACGAGAACAUCUCAACUGACUAGUGUAACUGAAAUAUUUUCUUUUGUGAGGAGUUUAUUUGUGCCUGUUACUUGACUGUAGAAAUCUGAAUAACAUGCCUGUGGGGACAGAAGUAUUGAAAGUCAAAACUAGCCACUGAAUAGAUGCAGCUGCUAGUGAGAAAAAGAGUUGUGGCUAUGAGUCUUUGGGUUUACAGCAGUUGCUGGGGUGCCAAACAGUUACCACAACCCAAAUGGGUGAAUCCAGCCACAACUCUUUUCAUGACAUAUUAAUGGUGACCAAUUCCUGGGAGAGCAAUGCACUGAUGCAAUGCUGCUUAUCAAUGUUGUGUGCCUUCAAGUUGUUUUUGCCUUAUGGCAACCCUAAGGUAACCCUACCGCUGAGUUUUCUUGGCAAUUUUUUUUCAGAGAAGGGUUGUCUUUAUUUCUUCUGAUGCUGAAAGUGAUUGAUUUAUCCAAGAUCACCCAGUGUGUUUCCAUGCCUGAGUGGAGAUUUCAACUCUUAUCUCCAGAGUUAUAGUUCAAUGGUCAAACUGCUACAUCAUACUGGCUCUUUGCUUACAAGCUGGCAAAUACUUCUUGAAAAAGACAACUGCCUUCUACAUCUCCUUGACAUGUAAGAAAUACAGCUUUGAUUUUUGCAAUAUGAAUAUAUGAUGUUAAUUCAGCAUUGG